CCCUCGGCUCGCGGUUCCGCAGAGGUGCCGGCUUCGCGGGGCCCGCUCUGCUCAGCGGCUCGCGCUCCCUUCGUGGCGCUCAGCGUGUUCUUGUCCCGCUCGCAGCAUGUCCGUGGACUGGCUCGGCUUCGGCUACGCCGCGCUGGUGGCCUCGGGUGGCAUCAUCGGCUAUGCGAAAGCAGGUAGUGUCCCAUCUCUGGCUGCUGGCCUUCUCUUUGGGAGUUUUGCAGGACUGGGUGCCUAUCAGCUCUCACAGAAUCCAAAUAACGUGUGGAUCUCUCUGAUUACAUCGGGAACACUGACUGCUGUCAUGGGAACGAGGUUUUACAACUCUGGAAAAUUCAUGCCUGCAGGGUUAAUUGCUGGUGUCAGUUUGCUAAUGGUUGGAAGAUUAGCAUUGAAGAUGAUGGAAAAAACACAUGAGAAGUAACCUUACAACUUAAUAUCCUAAGAAGGAAACAUGAGAAUGAAGAUGCAGGAACACAGAAGAAAAAGAAUGGAACAGUUUUCUAUCUUAAGACACUUAAUAAUGGAGAAGAAAAUGCUAAGAGAGUUUUUUGUUUGUUUCAAGAUUUUUUCAAAGAUCCAACACAGCUGUUGUUCUGUGAUAAUGGUCCUUCUUUCCGAACACAUUUCCAUGUAUUUUAACUCUUCCAGGUUUUAUAUUCCAAAAUAAGCCAAUGAUGUGUAUGCAGCAGGGAGGACUGGUGAUUAAGCUCUCUAUGAAGUCACCAGGAGUAUUUGGCCAACUACAGCACUGUGGUGUGUCCUGCCUUUCAUAGUGAGUGUUACAGGAUGUUUUACCUGCUUGCAUUCACAGUUGUAAGACCAUGAGUAGAGCUGCAAACAGAUUUUUUUUUUUUUUUAUAAUGGAAUGAUGUUAAAAGAGAAUGGAUUUUUACACAAGUAAAACUUAUAACCAAACUUUA